AUGAAGCUCUUCGUGCACAACUUCAUGUCUUCCCGCUUCUUGAAGAACGUCACCGUUGGAUACCCACUCGAGUUGGUAGUCAAGCAAUUCGUGGAGAAGGAUAUCGAGUUCGACAGAGAGAACACUAUUGUCAUGCUCAACAAGAUCCAAUACGAAGCUCUCGUGGUCGCCGCGGCCGCCGUCAAUCAAGCAGACCGUAUACCAGCCGAACAGCCAGGAAAGUGGGAGGAUUUGUCGGACGAUCAACUGAAACAGUUCCAUCAUAUCCUCAUGAAUAUUGAUGUCGUGGAUGGAGAGCUGAUUUGUCCGGAGACAAAAACGGUGUUCCCAAUUCGAGAUGGCAUUCCGAACAUGUUGAAGGUCGACGGCGAAAAAUGA